AUAUAGAGAGGACCUGGCGAAUGUGCUGAAUGGGACUGAAGACUAGGAUAUCGUGAAGAUAGCCGACGACACAGAUUUCAAAAAGGUCGCAAAAGAUGUGAUUCAUAGUAGACUGGAAGGUUGCUGGGGCAUUUGUGAGGCCAAAAGGCAUCACAAGGAACUCGUAAUGCUCGAAGCGAGAGCAGAGGGCAGUCUUACAAGUAUCCUCUUCACGAAUGCAGAUCUGGUGGAGGCCACUUCGGGGGUCGAUCUUUGUGAAGUACUUGGCUCCACGGAGGCGAUCAAGAAGCUCGAAGAUGUGAGGCAAGGGGUACUUGUUCUUGAUUGUGAUCCGGUUGAUGGCGCAGUAGUCUGUGCAGAUGCGGAGUUCAGUGGUUCCGCCUUUCUUGACGAAGAGGCAACCUAUAUCGAAGGGGGUGGAGCUUGGCUUAAUGAAUCCUUUUCCAAGGAGUUCAUUGAGUUGUCGCUUCAUUUCUUCGGCCUCGAGAACGGAGAGCUGGUAGGGUGGUCGACAAGGAGGAGUGUGGCCGGGUUCCAGAUCAAUGGUACGGGAGAUACCAUGAUCCGAAGAGAUGUUGUGAAAAGAGCAUGGACGGGAGGUGGUGGCACCACGAACGGGGCAGAGAAGUCGAUCGUGUUGAAGGGCACGGGUGAGGAGGUCGGAGAGGGACAUGGGUGGCUCGUAGGCGAGGGCGGAUGCGAUGUCCUUGCAGCAGAUCCGCUUGAAGCGGGAAAUGAAGACAUUGCUCAUCUGGUCGUGGGGAAUGUUUCAGCGAAGAGUACAAAGAUAUUGGAUGGAGCGGUCAGUGGGGCCGUUUUGGCGAAGCCUGCAAAACCGAUCGACGUAGUCGUCUAUUGUCUUUUGCGGCCGGAAGGUGGCAGAGAGGAGGGAGGCCCACUCGAGAAAGGAGUGGGAAGGAAGACCGGGAGAGUGUCAGUUGGCGGAUUCGGUGAUCCACCAGCAAUGGGCGGUCUCAACAAGUUUGUUAAUGGCGAUGGAAAGCCAGUGGAUAAGGGGGACGUUGUGGAGUUCGAAAACUUGAUGAGGGAGGAGUGUGUGAUGGCAGGGGUGGAAUGUGAGGGGGGGGAAGUGGAAGAAGAGGGGAGUGGGGUGGUGUUGCUGGAGGGAAUGAUGACGAAGGAGGAGAGGUUGAGGGAGGAGUGGUUGUGGGGCGGAGUGGAGGAGGUGGUAGGUCAGGAUGUGGAAGGGGGCGGAGUUGUGGUGACCACUGUGAUGGUCGGAGCUUUGGAGAGCAUGUGGAGGAUGGUGGAGAGGUCAGUGGCGAUUGCGGGGCCGACUCAUUGUUCGCUUGCAAGCUCGCAGGCGAGACUGCCGACAGACUGGGUGUGCAUGUGGGGCAUCUUGAUACUGGAAGACUCAGCCAUGGGGGUGGAUGCGGCUGUGGCGGCGAUGGCAGUGGCGAAAGUGGCAGCAGUGGAUGAGGCGGCGGCGACCGAAGUGGUAGCAGUGGAUGAGGCGGCAGCGGCGGCAGUGGCUUCAGCAGCUUUGCACGAGGUGUUGGUUUGGCGCUUCAUGCCAGGGGGGGUUGAAAACUUUUAUUUACAAAAUGAAGAGAAUUUUGAAAAAUUUAUUGAAGAGAAUUAAUUCUGAAGAUUAAUUUCGUAUUUAAUUCUAUACUAAUCGAAUUUAUUCAGGAAUAACGGAUUUAAAAAGGUACUUUGCAGGAAAUUUGCAAAAUGCAAUGAAUACGAGUGAGAGUGAUAGAUAGAAAUACAAGUUGCAAAAUCACGAAGAAGCUCAGAUAGUCAUGAACCAAGCAGAGAGUGCAAUGCACCAAGAUACAGUCCAAAUAAGAGCAAUACAAUGAACUCAAAUGCCAAUG